UAUGUCUUGUGUGUGUGUGUGUGUGUGUGUGUGUGUGUGUGUGUGUGAUUCCAAGGACUCCAUCUCGACCCAGACUCAACAGUGUCUCUCCCGUCUGAUGCUGGUGACGAGGACACGACCGUCGCCGUGGAGACGACCAUGAAGAGUUCUGAACCUGAGACAAAGUUCACGGGAGGUGGAGGAUAGGGAAGGGGUGGCAGGGCAUCUGUUUGCAUAACAACCAGAGGAGUGGAGAGAUAUCAGCCUUCCAAGGCCGAAGUGGGGGAGCCAAAUGAAGAUAACGAUUGAUUUGGGUCAGGCCGACCUCUGAUACUCUCUGCAGUAUUCCAAACUCCAGAAUCCACCAGGCCGCCAAUACCAGGCAGCCUGGUAUAUUGCGUCCUCUUCGCUGACUCUGACCCGGAGCGCCACUGUAACACGGACUGGAUCCUGGGGGCCGGUCCCAACCUGACUGAAGAGGAGCAGCUGAACCUGACCGUUCCCCGGGAGCCAGACGGCUCCCACAGCCGGUGUCUGAUGUACGCUCCGGUGAACUGGACCCUGGACUCCAUCCGCCAGUAUGGCCUGAACCACACCACUGCCUGCCGGGACGGAUGGGUGUACGACCAGACCCUGUACCAGGCCACCAUAGUCACCGAUUUUGAUCUAGUUUGUGACAAGGCGAACGAGUUGGCAGUGGCCCAAACGGUGUUGGGGGCCGGCAUUCUUAUCGGUUCGCUACUGUUCGGACCUUUAGGAGAAUCGUUUGGCCGCAGACGGACCACUCAGAUUCCAGUGCUGUUCCUUUUUAUAUUCACGCUCACAGGUGGCCUUAGUCCCAACUUCUACUUAUAUCUGGCCUCCCAGUUUGGGGCGGGUAUGGGGUAUGGGGGCUUCCGGAUGAACGCCAUCGUGCUGAUGACUGAGUGGAUAGGGAUAACCAAGCGCUCGAUGGGCGCGUGUGGGGGCCAGUUCUCUGGGGCUGCCGGGCUGGCGUGUAUGUCGGGGAUCAACUACCUAACCCGUGAUUGGAGGCUGGCUCAGUUGGUCAUGGCGAUGCCGAUGGCCCUGGUUGCUGUCUACAUAUGGUUUAUACCGGAGUCGGCCCGCUGGCUGCUGGACAGGGGGAGGACAGAGGAGGCCAAAGAGUUGAUCCUCAAAGCAGCGGCCAUCAACAGACGCACCGUUCCACAAUCCCUGUUCGAAAAGAUUACAGUGAAUAAAACUGUGGAGAAAGGGGGCAUAUGGGUCCUUAUCAAAUCACCUGUGCUUCGAAAACGCUUCCUGAUCAUAGUAUUUGCAUGGUUUGCAGUGAGCCUCACCUUUAUCUGCCUCGGGUUUAACGUGGGGAAGUUUGGGCUGGACAUCUUCCUGACCGAGCUGCUGUUCGGACUCACAGAGUUACCGGCUCAUUUGCUGUGCUUCUGGCUGUUGGAGCUCGCAGGCAGGAAGUUAUGCCUGAUGUUCACCAUCCUGGUGGGGGGUCUAGCGUGCCUCAGCAUCCUGGCUGUUCCCGCAGGAAAUGCCAUCGCUGUGACCGUGUUGGCCAUCACGGCGCGGAUCCUUAUGACAGUGGGUUCGAGCAUAUCCAGCGUUUACAUUCAGGAGCUGUUUCCCACGUCCGCGAGACAUACUGCAGCUGGACUAGGGGGCCUAGCGACUAGAGUGGCAGGGCUGUUGGCUCCCUCAGUCAACCUGCUGGUGGUGUACCACUACUCCAUACCCAUCUCAGUGUUCAGCAGCCUCACCUUGCUGGGUGGAGCCCUAAUCUUCCUGCUUCCAGAGACGCGCGGGAUAGAGCUGGCAGACUCCACCGCACAGGCUGAGAUCCAGAGUAAUGGAACCAAAAUGGAGACGGGAAGAAGGUCUAUCACUGAUGACCACACUGCUGUUAUUACCUCAAGCAAACUCUAGACUCACUGCCACAUGACCACCACCACCUUCAAGAUCAAAUUAUCGUGUGUGUGUGUGUGUGUGUGUGUGUGUGUGUGUGUGUGUGUGUGUGUGCGUGUGUGUGUGUGUGAGAGAGAGAGUAGAUGACAGGGAAAAUAAUAUGGUUUAAAUUGUAGAAUUGAACUUGUAAAUCUUGUUUGUGUCUUUUCCAUCAUCUGUUGUAGUUAAUUGGGUAUUAUUCAGUUGAUCGUGUUCACCUGUCUCUCCGUGUUUUAGUUUUUGUUUGCUAUUGAAACGAUUUUUCAUAAAGUCAAAUAUUCUGCUCAUUUAAUAUCUGUCCUGAGUACAAAUCUUUGAUAGUUGCUUGAGAUCAGUGGAAUUGAUAUUUGGUGAAUGGUGAACUGAACGUACCCGUUUGCAGCUCCUGAGCGCACUGUUUACCUGCAUUCCGAGGAUUUACUGCGACCGGCAUGCCAGCAUGGCUUUUAAAAACUAUAACAACAAUUUAGCUACCACUGAAGCAUAGUGCAUGAGCAUAUUUGAAAGUGUUUCAACAAACAAGUACUGAUUUGAACGGCAAUUUUUUUUUUUACUAAUUUAAGCCUCUGACCAGCCUCAAUGACAAUCAUCAUAAAAAGGGUAAGCACUUGAGCCCGCAAAGUUUCAAGAUGAAUCGAGAUCAGCCCCAAACAUCCAUAUCUGGUAAUAGGGGCCUAAUCUGUAGCCUCUCCUGUUAGUUUUAAAAGGCUAAAUCUUAAGUCCCAUUUGGCCCACACUUACAACAUUAGUGUCAGAUGAUAAAGCUUGGCGUGGCCUACAACUUUUCCAUCGAGACCAUUGUUCUCUGCCUCACUGCAUAAUCGCAAUUUUGAUUUAACUGAAAAACUAAUUUAUUCCUCAUUACCCAAAUAAUUGUUUUUUAUCAAUCAUUUCAUAUGCCUUGAAAUGGCCUAUGACCAUAGGCCAGAUCAUAUGUACCAUGUACCUAUGGAAGCAUAUAUGUAGCAAAAUUCAAAUGGCAAUGCAAUUUGCAAUUACAUUAUGCAAUUGACAAUUCAUUUUAUAAUGUAAUUUGCAAAUACGUUAUUCAAAGUGUAUUUUAAUAUGCAAAGGGACAAUGCAAUCCUCAAUUAAAUUUACAAAAGUUAUUACAAUAAAAAUAGAAUAACAUUUUGUCAAAUUCUUGAGUUCCUUUAUUCAAAUUGAAAAGCUAUAGCGUCCCCGUGAUUGCAAUCCACUUCGCCAUGCUCCGGGUGUUGCCAUAUUCAAAUGACAUUUCGAUCCGCAAAACGCUUUGCAAAAGAUUUGGCAAAACGUUUUGCAAAACGUAAUCCAAAACGUUUUCCAAAAAGUCAAUAUGCAAAGUGGCAAACGUAUCAGCCAAUCAGUGUCUGGGCGGGAACUACGUCACUUGCUCGUGAUUUCCAUGUUCACGUUCGUAUGUGUCUUGUAUUGAACAUGUAUUGUUUUUGUAUUGAAUAUGUAUUGUUUGUUGUAUUGAACAUGUAUUGUUUGUUGUGUUGAACAUGUAUUGUUUGGUUUCUUCAAUUACACCUCUGGUCAAACAAAAACAAAAAUUUAUUAUAAACCUUAUUAUUUUAUUAGCUAAAUGGCAUAUUCAUAAAUGUAAAUACUUGAAUCAGAAACGCUUUUUGUUGUGUUUGAGAAUGAAACCAGGCAAUACAUGGGGAAUAUUCUAUGUUCUAGAAAUGGGAAAGCUAUUAAAACACCUAGUGUGUGUCUUUAUAAUAUUUUUAUUUAAUUUAAUGCUGCAUUUUGUAUUUUUUGUGUCUGUAUUUUAUAUGUCUGCCAUUUAUGUACCCCCUGGCUGUUGUUGUAUUGCUAAUUGUCAAUAAAAUGUAUUAAAAAAAAAA